AUGCCCAAGGAAAACCACUCCUUGUCAGUCGAGUUUGUGCUCACAGGAUUCUCAGAUCACCCAGAGCUGAAGACCCUGCUGUUUGUCGUGUUCUUUGCCAUCUAUCUGAUCACCAUGGUGGGCAACCUUGGUCUGGUGGCCUUGAUUUACGUGGAACGUCAACUCCACACUCCAAUGUACAUCUUUCUUUGCAACCUGGCCCUGAUGGAUUCCUGUUGUUCCUGUGCCAUCACACCUAAGAUGUUAGAGAACUUGUUUUCUAAGGACAAAAUGAUUUCCUUCUAUGAGUGCAUGGCACAGUUUUAUUUUCUCUGCCUUGCUGAGACUGCUGAGUGCUUCCUGCUGGCAGCAAUGGCCUAUGACCGCUAUGUGGCCAUCUGCAGCCCUCUGCACUACCACACCAGGAUGUCCAAGACACUGUGCAUUCAGAUGACCAUCGGCGCCUACAUAGCUGGAAAUGUGCAUCCCAUCAUUGAAGAAUCAUUUCUACUGAGGUUAACUUUCUGUGGGUCUCAUCAAAUCAAUCACUUUUUUUGUGAUGUCCUUCCACUGUAUAGACUCUCCUGUGUUGACCCUUAUGUCAAUGAGUUGGUAGUACUUAUCGUAGCAGGAUCAAUCCUAGUGUUAACGAUUACUGUAGUUCUAAUCUCUUACUUCCGAAUCCUUUUUACAAUCUUUACAAUGAAAUCCAAAGAGGGAAGAGGCAAAGCCUUAUCCACUUGCGCAUCCCACUUUCUCUCUGUGUCAAUAUUCUACGGUUCUCUUCUCUUCAUGUACACCCGACCAAGUUCAUUUAAAGAAGGGGAUAAAGAUGUACCUGUUGCUAUUUUUUAUACCAUAGUAAUCCCUUUAUUAAAUCCUUUUAUUUAUACUCUCAGAAAUAAGGAAGUGAUAAAUGCUAUAAAAAGAAUUGUGAAAAAAAGAAAAUUUUGUAGCACUUGA